AUCAACGAAAUGUAACAUGUCAAAACCGACCAGCAUUAAGGAUGCAAUAAAAAAAUGGGAAGAAAAGCACCCAAAUGAGCACAUCGGCGAGGCUAUCAAGGUGGGUUUUCAGUUUCAGUGGCCGCCAAUCGAAAAAAUGGACAAUUCCCUGUCGGCGCUAGUAAAGUGCCAAAAAUUAAGCCUGUCGACGAAUAUGAUUGAAAAAAUAGCCGGUAUAAGCGCUCUAAAGAACCUUAAGAUAUUGUCUUUGGGUAGGAAUUAUAUAAAAUCUUUUUCCGGUUUGGAGGGAGUCGCAGACACGCUGGAGGAGUUGUGGAUCUCUUAUAAUUUCAUUGAGAAAGUAAAGGGCGUGCAGGUGUUGAAAAAGCUUAAAGUUUUGUAUAUCGGCAACAAUUUAAUAAAAGAAUGGGGGGAAUUUGUAAAAUUUCAAGAGCUACCCAUGCUGGAAGACUUAAUGUUUGUCGGCAAUCCUUUGUAUGAUGGUAUGGAGGAGGCAAUCUGGAAAAUUGAGGCCACUAAAAGGCUGCCCAAUUUAAAAAAGUUGGAUGGGGAGCCCGUAGUAAGAGAAGACGACAAUUAGAUAAC